AUGGAAACACUUUCUCCUCCUCUACGAGACGACGAUGAGGAAAGCGAAGUAGACGAAGCCAAAAUGCUCCUCAUCGGUGAGAACGGAACCAACGCUGAGAGUUUCUCUCCUCUGUCCGACGGUGCACCGGAGCUCCAGCAGUACACUAUCCGCUCCAUCGAGUCAACGGUCGUGAUUCGUCAACUAACAUCACAGGGUCUCUCCUUCCAGCUCUGGCCAGCCGCUUCUACUUUCGUCGCGCUUCUCGAUAACUACCGCCUCGACCCUACCAACAGCCCCCUCGCCGCAACACUCUCCUCGCUGAAACCCGCCGGCUCUACGACUACUACUACACCGAUGAACAUUCUCGAGCUCGGAUCCGGAACCGGCGUCGUUGGAAUCGCCGCGGCGAUCACUCUUUCCGCUAACGUCACGGUGACGGAUCUCCCGCACGUCCUCGACAACCUCAGCUUCAACGCAGAGGCGAACGCUCAGACUGUGGCGAGAUUCGGCGGUCAAGUCCACGCGGCACCGCUUCGUUGGGGAGAGGCUGAUGACGUGGAGGUUUUUGGGCGGAACGUUGACUUGGUUGUAGCGUCUGACGUGGUGUACCACGAUCAUCUCUACGAGCCUCUCCUGAAAACGCUGCGUUUAAUGGCGGCGGCGAAGGGGUUAGAGGGGAAGAGGUUGAUAUUUCUGAUGGCUCAUCUGAGGAGGUGGAAAAAAGAGUCUGUCUUCUUCAAGAAAGCUAGAAAGGUCUUUGAUGUUGACGUUAUACACUCUGAUGAGCCUCGAAAUGGUGCAAGAAGCGGCGUUUUGGUUUACCGUUUUGUCGCGAAACAAUCGAAUCAAAAUGGUCGGAUUGUUUCGUGUUAACAGUUUGCAAAUUUUCAGGAUUAAUUUCGUUUGAUGAAUGAAAUUUCUCAAAUGUGUUUAUCAAAAGAUUUCCACAUUAUAAAGCAAUUUGGUUACUCUGUCAA